AUGAAAAAUAUUGUAAUUAUAAUAGCUUUAAUUUUAGUAGUAUGUUAAGGUAGAUCUCUUACUGCUUAUACCUAUUGCAAAGCAACACAAUGUUCUAAUUAGGAAGAAUAAUGCGCAAUUGAUACAACUGGUUGCAUGGUUCCUUUUAAAGCUUAUUUAAACUGUUUGAAAUAAAAUACUGUUUGCUCAGGAUUAAAAAGUAGUGAUCCUUUUGGAGAAUGCUGGACAAAAUGCAACUAAAAUUCACCUAAUUAACUCUUCAAAAACCUGCAAACAUGUUAUGUAAGUUGCGGCGCUGCAGAGCACUCAGCAAUAAUUUCUACCUCAUUUGCAUUACUAUUUACAUUAUUACUAGUCAUUAUUAAUAUUUGA